AUGAAUACACGCCGCGCAGACAGCGACUCAACAGGAGAUGCAAUAUCAUUCUCCUUUUAUCACUAUGAUCCGAGCAUGGCUGGUGCCGUUAUCUUCAUCAUUCUUUUUGCGGGAACAACCAUCUUCCAUAUCUACCAGAUGAUUGGAGGCAUAUUUGAGGUACUCGGCUACAUUGGUCGCGCCAUGUCCAGUCGGGAAUCGCCGAACUGGACCCUGGGACCAUAUCUCAUCCAAACCUUGUUCCUGCUCCUCGCUCCAGCCCUGCUCGCCGCUUCUAUAUAUAUGUUCCUCGGACGAAUAAUAUUAAUUCUACAGGCGGAGUCACACGCCAUCAUGAGAAAGAAAUGGUUAACCAAAGUGUUCGUGACGGGUGACGUCCUCUCAUUCCUCUUGCAGGGCUCUGGUGGUGGUAUUCAAAGCGGCGGCAGUCUCGACAGCAUGAAACUAGGAGAAAAAAUCAUCGUCAUCGGCCUUUUCGUCCAAAUCUUCUUCUUCGGCUUUUUUAUCGUCACGGCAGGCUCAUUCGACAUGAAAUUAAAGAGGUAUCCUAUUCCACGAUGCUACUCUGCUGAGAUUCCUUGGAGGAAACAUAUGAACGUGUUAUAUGCGUCGAGCAUGCUGAUCAUGAUCCGGUCUGUAUUUCGGUUAGUUGAGUAUCUGCAGGGGAACAAUGGGUAUUUGCUGCAUCAUGAAAUCUACCUAUAUGUUUUUGAUGCGGUGCUGAUAUUUAUCACCAUGGUGAUCUUCAAUAUCUGUCAUCCGAGUGAAAUUGGAAGGCUGUUGGCUAAUCAGGCGGAUUAUGAACUGAAAGAUACAUAUACUACAGUACCUUGA